AGGCUCUCGCGGCUGCGGGAAGAGUAUUUUCUCAAGAACAGAUCUGUGGAUGAAGACAGAAAAAUAGUGUACAAAGCUGCUGUCAAAAUUCAGAGCUGGUUUCGAGGAUGCAGAGUCCGAGCCUAUCUGAGAUAUCUGACCAAAAUGGCGAUUUCUAUACAGAAAUGGUGGAGAGGUUAUCGAAGUAGAAGAUACUUCAGAAAAGUGAUUAAGACAGCAUAUUUUAUUAUGAAGAUGAAUUUCUACAAUGAAAUGGCUGUCAGGAUUCAGAAAAGAUGGAGAGGGUAUUAUGUCCGAAAACAUACCCAUAAUUACUAUGCACUGAAGAAGUACCUGGAAGCCAUUUCUCUGAAUAACGAGAUUGUCAGGAAUGAACUCCAAGAGUACGCAGAAAUGAAUGAAAAGGCAAAGAAGAAGAAAGACUUAGAAAAGAAAGAAAAGGAAAAGAAAUACAAAGCCCAAAAGAUGCAUUACCUCCUUAGCACUGAGCAGAUUGCAGGCAUAUACAAUUCGCCAUUCAGAAAAUCCCCAGAUCCAAUGGAACUACUGCUCCGGCAGUCAAAGCCAUUGAGCCACAAGCAGCAGCGAGUGAAGAGUCCCUUCACAUAUGAUCUGUAUGACUGGCCAACUUGUAAAAGACCUCCAGCUUUCUCCACAGGAGAGGCUCUGCCACCUAUUGGCAGACAGAAACCUCAGGGGCCUUUCCGUGAUACCGCUGAAGUAUUGCGGCAACGCUACAAGCCUUUGGAACCAACACUGCGAGUGGCAGCAUCAAUCAGUUCACCACUAGAGAAGGCCAGAGAGGAAAUGAAAAGGGAGGAAUGGAGAAAAUGUAUACAUGACAAUGAAUUUUUGCCAUUUUCUUCGUAUCAUAAAAAUGAGAAGUAUGACCUGUCAAUUCAUGCAUCAGAAAAAAUUGGCAAAGAAACUUACGGAAUUAAGCAUUUCCGAGAAGUACAGCCUAAUAAGUGGAUAGCAGGCAAGGACUUUCAAACUGUGUUACCAUCGAUUGUUCUCUUCGAGAAGUUUGGAAAAACUUACUCAAAAGCUGGACAAAUAGUGUAAUCAUUCUGUAAACUAUGCAAUAUAUACCCUACAACUACAGAUAUUUCAUCAUUGUUCUUCAUCAUUUUCUCUAUUAAUCUACAUCCUUUUUGAAAUCCAUCUUUUCAGAGGGACAGUGGAAUUAGGUAGGCUGUUUAAAUGUAAGAUGCUAUUUUAAAAUCUUUUAAGUCCUCUGUGGGUGAUAUAACUUUACUGUUGAAUAAUGAAAGUUCUAUCAGCUCCAUAUAUACCUUAUUAUUAAAUUGCUUUUUCCAUAUCUACUUAAUUUUCUUUAUCAAUAUCUAUGUAUUUAGUCUUGGUCCUGUGUUAAGCAGCAUUUUACAUAGUAACGUAUUUGUGUGAUGUUUAUCAAAGAACAUAUUGAUCACAAAACUGGAAUUAGACUGCUGUGUUUUCCAGCGUGCAAUUCAACUGCAAAAAGUUGAAUAUCUUCAAAGCUCAUUAAUUUCAAAAGGCUCCAAGAAGUUCAGCAUUUUGUCAAGACCAGAUCAUAAUUUCAAAUGACACAAGUGAGUUUUUACAGGAGUUUUCAGCUACCACGCUCUCUCUUCAGUUUAUUUGAAUGUGUUUGAAUCAAAUAUUAUUUUAUCAGAUAGUAUUUGAUUAUAGUGUUUGAAUCAGACAUUUAGUGAUAGGCUUUUU